AUCGAUUCACCAACCUAUCAACAAGAAUCAUCAUCAUCAACAUCAUCACCAACAUCAGGAUCGAAUACGGCUGCUAGUUUGAAGACCAACGAUACUAGUAACAGUACGAUGAAUGGUCCAAAUAAUUCACCAUUGGUUGUAGUAGGUAGUAAUUGUUCAGUCGGAAAUGAAGUUCGUAAUGUUAUGCUAUAUGGAAUACCGAUUGUAUCGUUAUUGAUGGAUGGCCAAGAACGGCUUUGUUUGGCACAAAUAUCCAAUACAUUGUUGAAAAAUUUUAGUUAUAAUGAAAUUCACAAUAGACGAGUUGCAUUAGGCAUCACUUGUGUUCAAUGUACACCGGUCCAAUUGGAAUUACUUCGAAGAGCCGGUGCAAUGCCCGUAUCAUCACGUCGUUGCGGUAUGAUUACGAAACGUGAAGCCGAACGUCUUUGUAAAUCAUUUUUGGCGGAAACUGAACCACCCAAGUUGCCCGAAUCAUUUUCAUUCGAUGUUUAUCAUUCAUGUGCUUGGGGCUGUCGUGGUAGUUUUACUCCAUCUCGUUAUAAUAGUUCAAGAGCUAAAUGUAUAAAAUGCAGCUAUUGUGCAUUGUUUUUUUCACCAAAUAAAUUCAUAUUCCAUUCACAUCGUUUGCCCACAUCCAAAUACGUUCAACCCGAUGCAGCCAACUUUAAUAGUUGGCGUCGUCAUAUCAAACUGGUGGGUAAUCCUGAACCUUCGGAUCAUAUAAUCUAUGCAUGGGAAGAUGUGAAAGCAAUGUUUAAUGGCGGAAGUCGCAAACGAGCCAUGACUUCAACAUUACAUUCAUUCACCAAAAAUCAAGAACAUCAUCAUCAUCAUCAUCGUCAUAGUAAUCAUAAUUCACCUUCUAAUCAAAAUACUGGCCGAUCAACGAUAACGAAAGAUGGAACUAAACGUGAAACAACAAAUCAUCGCACAUCUGUUAAAUCACGAAAUGUAAAAAAUAAUUUCAAUAAUGAUGAAAAGAAUGGCACCUGCCAAAAUUCUUGUCAUCGAGAGUUGAACACUACAAAAUCGAUUGACAAUGAUGAUCAUAUGGAUGAUGAAAAUGAUGAUGAUGAUGAUGAAGAUGAAGACAUUGAAUGCGAUGUAGGUUCAUUGGAUGAUGAUUAUCUUCGUGAAUCAAAUGAUUCAUCAGUCGUAGAGGAAAAUUGUGACCACAAUAAUAAACGAGAAUAUCCAUUCAGUGUAGCCGUACAAUCGAUCAUGUCCAAUCGAUCUACAUCUUCCAAUUCGAAUGAUGUUAGCCAUAGUUUUGCACAUCCUCCAUACUCAAGUGGUCAUCAUGUUCAAACUCUAAUCGAAUCAUCUAUCAACACGAAAUCAACUAUGAGUUUGACAUCCGAAAUAAUGGUCGAUGCAAAUUCUCCCGUAGCCGAAUCAUCAUCAUCAUCAUUGAAUGAUAUAGUGGACAGCAGUCGUAACGGUAUAAUCAAGAAUUUCUUAUUCGAUGGCUAUCAUAAUUCUUGCUACAACAGUGCUCAAUAUGAUCGACAACAUUUCGGUGGUCUCACAACGAAAACAUUCAAACCGACCAUUCAGUCGACGGAAACAAUGUCGACGAGACCACCAACAUCGGCUACAUCGAAAUCAUCAUCAUCAUCAUCAGCGAUUGCUGCAGCGAUAUUCUCCAGUUCUAUGGUAUCCACCACCACCACGGCAAAGGGUUCCCCAUCAUCAUCUUCAUCUUCAUCAUCAACCAAUAGAAAGUCAUCAUCAAUGGUUAAUCCUUGCCCAUCGUCACCACCCUCAUCUCGUCUAACCUCACCAACGUUGUCUCAUUCUUCGGCUUCAUCGCCACAAGCGCAGCCCACAAAAGCUUGCUUUUCAAACAUUGAUCAUCAAUUGAUCACCACCGAUAUAAAUACAUCAUUGCUAUUAGACUAUGAUAAUCAUCUUCAUUCACCUCAUUCUACAGCUAAACUUGUUCGGGACAAGAUGAAUCAACGUUGGUUACAAAAUCUUAAUUCAUCAACUUCUGGUCCGAAGGAUUCCAUUUAUAGCAGCAGCUAUACUUUGAAUGGAUCAUCAUCGACGGCCAGAAUAAACGAAGAUAAUCGUGAUCGAAUUCCUAUCGCUACCACUACAAACAUUGGAAUUAUUUCAUCAUCUGAUCCACUAUUUUCAUCGGCUGCAAAUCGUUCAGCUGAAUCUAUCAUGUCAAUGUCGAAUCCGGCUAUUCUCAGUACAUUACUAUCAACCGGUAAUAAUGCUCGAGAUUCUUGUCCAGCUUUUAGCUCUUAUGGACCGAUACGUGCCAAUGUUGUAGACAAUGCAAAUCUAAUGGCACCUACUAUGGCGGCAACAUCGGAUAAUCUUGCCGAAAUAAUGUGGAAAGCUUGUAUGGCAAGUAAUGUGAGGGCCACAUUGCCAUAUGCCAACUUCCUUUGGCCAUCAUUACCGCCACCAACAUCGAUACCAACAGGUCGAUCAUUCAUGGAUCUUCGAGACUCUAGCCCGGACAGUACACAGGCGAUGAAUGAGAAUGGUGCAUUAUCCAAAGAUAAAACCAUCAUUCGACAACAAUCGAAUUCCGUAAUGCCUGGUUUUUUUCCUUCCUUUCUGCCAAAUCUCAUGGGACAAAAUUUACGCUUAUUUCCUCCUCCUCCUCCACCACCACAGCAAUGCUGCCCACAAUCGCCAAAUUAUCUUGGCCGUAUGAUCAACGAUUUUGGUCCCUCUAGUACAAAUCAAAUGCUUCGAUUUGCAACAACUACGCAGCCACCACAUAAAGAUUCAACAUCUGAAGAAAUGAAUUUUCAAUCAUCACGACAACAAUCACAUCUAAUGACAAACAGUGGCAGUCCAACAUCAUCUAUUACAGCAUUUGAAAGUUUUAAGAAUCGAAUAACUGAAGAUAUAUUCUAUCGUAACAUGGAUCCAGUCAACACAUUCCGAUCACCUUCAUUGAAUCUUUCUCCAUUCAAACAAUCAACAUUGAGUGACCAUAAUUCCAAUCAUUUUAUGUUUGAUCACCGAACUUCUCAGGAUUUGUAUAUGAAACAUUAUGGAGAGAAUAUUGCUAAAAGCCAAAACAUCAAUCAUGGUUCAACGACAACGACUAAUUCAUCGAAAAGGAAAUCAACUCAGGAAAAUGAUUCAAAUGCUAAAAAGAACAACAAGAAAAACAAACGAUCAUUCCUGGCCAUUUCGACUCUUGUAUCACCUUUGUCAACGAAAUCGCUGCAAGAUAAUAAUCAUGGUAAAAAUCGGCCUGAUUUGAUCGAUCUAAGUCGAAAUGUAAAGACAACAAUGGAACAACCGGUCGCCAACAAAAUGAUGAUCAAAAUUGAUGAUAAAAAAAUAAAAGAUAAUAAUGAUUCUAGUAGUAAACAUAACCAGUCGACUUUUCAUGUCAACAACAACAACAACAAUGCUAAUGAGAAUGAAUCACAACAACAACAACAACAAAAAAUUGUUCCCAUCGAUUUCAGUGGUAAUGGUGGUAACAAUGAUGACAAUCUUGUGGUCAUUGUUGAAGAUAUUAUUGAAGUGACCAAUUCAGAUCCACAGCCAACAAGUACAGCUGAAUUGGAGAGCCAAAAAUCCACAACAAUCAAAUCAAAUUGAAUCAUUAAUAUAAUUAAUUAAUCAAUUCAUACA